UUCGCAAUCAAAGUCAACACACACAUGCAGCAGUCGUCGCGAACUCAUGAACUUGCAUCACCACGCACAUCAUGGCGGCGAAUACGAAGAAAAGUAAAGGAAAAGGAGACAACGUUUUGCAGCAAGAAGAUGUUCUGCAAGCUGUGGUCUUAGCUGAUAGUUUUAAUGUGAAGUUUGCACCAAUCACGUUGGAGAGGCCACGGGCCUUGUUACCGCUGGUAAACUGUCCACUGAUAGAUUACACUUUGGAGUUCCUUGCAAGUGCAGGGAUGCAGGAAGUGUUUGUCUUUUGCUGUGCUCAUGCAGAUCAACUCAAACAACACAUCCGGGCUUCCAAGUGGAACCAUGAGAGCUCUCACUGUACGGUCACGACCAUAGUAUCGGAAGGCUGCGGCUCCAUCGGGGAUGCUCUACGAGAGAUUGAACGUAAAUCUAGGAUCAGGUCUCACUUUGUUCUAGUGAGUGGUGAUCUCGUGUCUAACAUGCCGCUAAAAGAGCUAAUUGAUCAGCAUAAAGAGCGAUUUAGGGCUGAUAAAUCCUCCGCGAUGACUUUAGUCUUCAAGAAGGCAUUCCCUGGUCACAGAACAAGGAGUUUAGAAGAUGAGAUUGUGAUUGCCACAGACAGCACACAAAGAAUACUCAACUACCAGAAAAUGCACGGCAAGACAAAAGCUAGGUUUCCCUUGAGUUUAUUUGAGGAGAAUUGUCAGAUGAGUCUACGCUAUGACCUGAUGCACAGCCACAUCAGUAUAUGCUCACCUCGGGUCACUGAGCUGUUUGUCGACAACUUUGACUACCAGACUAUGUCAGAUUUCAUCCGUGGGGUACUUCUUAAUGAAGAGAUUGAAGGCAACAAGCUUUAUGUUCAUGUCAUAGAAGAGGAAUACGCAGCUAGAGUUACGAAUCUACCAAUGUAUGAUUCUAUAAGCAAGGAUGUGAUUAGGAGGUGGUCUCACCCAAUGGUGCCAGACAACUUAACGGCUGAAGGAGAAGGUUACAAGCUUGGCAGGCACAAUGUAUAUUUAGCCAGUAAUGUCACAUUAGAAAGGGGUAGUAUUCUACAGGAAGACGUCGUUGUGGGUCAGGGAACUACUAUCGGCACUAACACCUUUAUCACACAUUCAGUUAUUGGUAAAAACUGUCAAAUAGGUGAGAAUGUCAAACUUGAGAAUACAUACGUAUGGGACAACGUAACGAUAGAAUCUGACUGCAAGCUUAACAUGGCUGUUCUAUGCGACAGGGUUCACAUCAAAGAUAGCGUCAUUGUAAACUCUGGAUGUAUUAUCUCAUUCGGGGUCAAAGUGGGGCCUAGUGUCACCCUCCCUCCAGGCACACUCCUAACAAGAUACCCCCCUGGCCACAGUGUAUUUGACCAGGACCACAGUGACAUGGACCAUACCAUGCAACCGAUAGGGGAUGUUCCAGUGGAUACAGAGGUUAUUGGGGAAGGGGGUGAAGGCUAUGUAUGGAAUGCAACACAAGAUGAAGAUGAGGAGGAAGAAGUCCUCAGACAACAACUACUAGGUUUAAAUAUCUCCGUUGAGGAAGAGGGAGCAAGUAGCUUGGAAGACUCUGAAGAUGAAGAUGAUGACAGACUGACCUCAAUCUCACCCCCACCAGACGAUACUAAAUUAUUCUACAAUGAAGUUGUAGACAGCUUACAACGCACUGUAGACGAGAAUGUGAAGGUAGAAAACUUAAUACUGGAAGUCAACUCUUCAAAGUAUGCCUAUAAUGUAUCCAUGAAGGAGCUUAACCAACUAGUAGUCAAAGCAAUAAUGGAGAUGCCCCACCUCAGAGCAGUUGAACCUCUAACAGCCGCUCAGUUACUACCAGCACUCAAAAAGCUGCUGAAUAAAAUGCUUCCACUGUUUGAGAAUUACAUCAAGAGUGCUGAGUCCCAGCUGGAUUGCCUUGGUGCUUUGGAGGAGUACUGCCUGACAAGCAAUUCUACUGCUAUGGUGCUUCCUAAAAUCCUACUGCUGUUUUAUGAAGCAGACAUUCUGGGAGAGGACAUGAUACUGCACUGGUACAAUAUUUCCUCAGUGUGUUCAACAGACAGUGAAAUCAUCACAUCAAACAGGCAACAAAUUAGAACUCAGGUUAAACCAUUCAUCAAAUGGCUGGAGGAAGCUGAAGAGGAGAGUGAUAGUGAUUGAGAAAGGUUACCAUAGCAACAACAAGAAAGCAAACCUCAACAACCCAGAGCAACUUCGAGUUCACACUGUGGUGAACUAAAGGUUUACUUUUUUGACUCAAACCCAGACUGGUCGACCAUUGCUUGACUACUACGGUUCAACCAUUUGGAACCAGCCUCAAAGCCAUGGUUUCGAUAGCCUGUUCCAUGCUAACAUGUAUCUGCAGAGGGGAACCAGUGACACUAUAGUGAAAAGGUGGAAGGACUUCCAAAGGAGGCGUUCAAAUGAGUGUGUCACUGCGCAUGAACAUUGCUGGUCAUUAGUCGACUAAAUGUUCGCACUCGACCUGCUCUUGGAGCUGCACAUAGGAAAUAUUUAUCUUUUAUUUAUGUACAUGUUACUUAAAUACAUAUGUAUAAAGGCAAGGAUAUUCAGGUUGUUAUUUUUCAAAAGCCGAUGAUAUCACUGCACUAGAUAAAGUUGUGUUACAUCUUGCCUCUGAAUUGACCGUUUGAAACAAUUGAUGGACUUUAUGACAUGACUAGGGCAAGUGGUCUUGCACACCCAAUGUGGUCAAGUCAUCAGACAAGAGUUGUGAAUCACAUUUGACUUAUGAAUAAGACCAGAACAAAAUUCCAUCCCAUCGAUAAAAUGGAUACCUGCAAGAAGCGUGUAUGUGAAUAAUUGACAACAGAUGUAUCUGACCAUGUCUGUUUCCUUUUAUUUGUAUUGAAAAAUACCAUUUAAAUGCUGAAACAAGCAAAGUACGGUUACACAAUCAAGUGUCGGGUAUAAGCUAGUAUUACAUCCAACCCUGUGUUAGCUAUGACAGCUAACCCUGGGUUAACUACUCGCACACCCAACUUUUGGUCAACUGGUACAGGCAACCCUGGGUUAAAGCCAUUGGACCCUUUCGGUAAACAGUAUUGUCAAAGGCCCACACUUCGUGUAUCACAACU